AAGAACUUAAGCUUCCGUAACCUGUAUAAACUUCCUCCAAAAGGCAACGGGGGAAUAGUGUCAGAUGGUAGCGUGAGUGCCAUUGCUCUCCGGUGACAAGUGGCCUGUUUUUACACCUUCCUUCUAAAUAAGGAAGCGGCCUGGUCAGCCAUAUGACCGGCGUCCCAAAUUGGGACUCUUGUAGUCCCAUCCAGAGCAGCAGCUAGUUCUUGGGCGUUCAUCACAACUUUCUCUGUGCACCUCCUCCUCCUCCCCCUCCUCCUCCUCCUCCUGAUCGCGCGGGACAGUGCGUGAAGAUAGAGUGAUGUCGCAUGUCAGGAUGCUGGGGGCCUGGCAAGGUGUGAUAGGUGUUCGGUGAGUGUGGGGCCACACACACACACACACACACACACACACGCUGAGCGGUCCGGCGUUGCCCCUAAAAGCAAAGAGGCGAAACAUGCUAAUCACUACUAUCAGCACCAGCACAGCCACCGCACGUCGCAGCGCGCUCUUGCUCCGUCCCCCACUGACUCCGGGCUCGCGCUUCGCUCCUGAAACCCUGCUCCGUGACGCUAAAAUAAGCUCGUGCAGCCAUGCCGAAGGCAGGAAAACAGGAGGAGCGGUAUUUUUAGCGCCGUGCGCUUCGCACCACGUGCCCCCGAGGUAAACCGGAUGGCCAUUGCGCGAAGGUCGCUCGUCAGUAUGGUCCGUGAGGCCAGCGCGCGCUGGCCGCUCGCCACUGUGCUCUUCCUGGGCGUGCUGACCGGGAUCGGGCCGCUCUGCGCCAGCGCCACCAACGGGACUUGGCCUGAGCGCCGCUGGGAGAGCCUGCUGUCGCGCUCUGUGCUGGCCAUCUCGGGCGAGAGGGCGGACACGAGCUGGGAGAGCGACUAUUUGCUGGGCAUCAAGCGCGUGCGACGGCUCUACUGCAACGUGGGCAUCGGGUUUCACCUGCAGGUCCUCCCAGACGGCCGGAUCAGCGGUGUGCACGACGAGAACCAGUACAGUCUGAUCGAGAUUUCGGCGGUGGAGCGCGGGGUGGUGAGUCUGUACGGCGUGAAGAGCGAGCUGUUCGUCGCCAUGAGCAGCAGAGGAAGACUGUACGGAACGCCCACCUUUAAACACGAGUGCGAGUUCAAGGAGACCUUGCUGCCGAAUAACUAUAAUGCCUACGAGUCUUCCGUUUACAAGGGAUUCUAUAUCGCCCUCAGCAAACACGGCAGAGUGAAGAGAGGCAACAAGGCCAGCACCUCCAUGACGGUCACUCACUUCCUCCCUCGAAUAUGAGCGAGACCGGCCGAAGCGCUCUUGUUUUUGCACAUGCGGUUUGCUCUCCGACAUGGGAGACUCGAAACGACGAACACCAAAAAGAGACUGCAAGAAUACUACUCCGAUGAUAUUUAUUGUGACUUUAUAUAUGUAUAUUUGGAUAGCCAAAGUUUUUUGAUUUUUACGUAUAUGCCAUUUUUUGCUGCUUCUUCUUUUUGUACAUUAUUGCUCGUGGAUAUGGAGGCAUUGCCAGUCUCCUCACCGCACUCGGGUGCUUAACAGGACAUAAGGAAAUACUGGAACAGACAGGAAGAUGUCCUCUUCAGCUUUAUACGGCAAAAUGAUUUUGUUUAAUUACCUCAGAGCCGCUUAUGGGUUAAAGGGAUUCACGAAGUUAUGCAGAAAAUGAAUUGAAUCCUUUUUUUUAUUAUUAUUAUUAUUAUUAUUCUUUUUGUCUAUGCCAAAGCAAGCUUGAUAGUUUCAUUUGUGCUGUCAGGUUAUAUAUACUAACAUAUCUAGUUUUUUGUUUUGUUUUGUGGCUUUUUUUUUUUUUGGUCUCUAGUUCUCCUGCCAUGGAAAUGUGAGAGCACUUAAAGCAACACGGAUCCCUUUUUUGCUGCAUGAUGAGCUGAGGUGCCUUGGCAUUCCUCCACGCCGCCCCUUUAACGUGAAUUCUCCGAACGCCCCAGGGAGUCAGAAAUAGGGCUGACAUGUUAGCCAUGGCUCUGGAGGGACUCUCCCGCAGAGGGGGUGGUGUGGGGGGUUAGGCGAUGGCCGUUCGAUCUCAGCUUGACUCCUCUUUGCUUUGACUAGAGAACUGGCCAAUCUGCGGGCUGAGCGGAGGGAAUGAAUUGAGAGAAUGUUAAAAAAAAAAAAAAGAAAGAAA